AUGUCCCUGGGUCGGCUACUGCGACGCGCCUCGUCCAAGGCCUCUGACCUUUUGACGUUCAACCCCGGCGCGGCGGGCGUGGCGCUGCGCUCGGGUCUAGAUGGCGAGAUCAUUUACUCCAAAAAUAAUGUGUGCGUGCACCCGUCCGAGCCGCUGCCGGGCCUGGCGGAGCACCAUCCAGGCUAUCUGUGCGUGCACGUGGAGAAGGACGAGAGCCUGGGCACCACUCUCAUUUUGACUUGGGUGCCCAACUCGCGCAUUCAGAAGCAGGACGAAGAGGCACUGCGCUACAUCACGCCCGAGAGCUCGCCCGUGCGUCGACACGCACGCCGCAGAGGCAGACGUCCGCAAUCCCGCCCCCCAGCCGCGCAAGUGGAAGAAGAGGACGAGGAGCGGAACAUCACUUGCAGCUCCUCCACAGAGAGCCACGGUUUGGUCGUACCAGAGGCCGGCACGGAGCCCCCGUCGGCACAGCCCAAGCAGCCUCCCACACCCGCUGAGGAAGGCGACGAGGUCUCCUGCGAGCUGUCGGACGAAGUGAGCCGCGACAGCAAUAUGGGGUCUGACUCGGACACCUUCUCCUCGCCGUUCUGCUUGUCCCCAGUCAGCGAGGCGCUCUGUGAGAGCAGCAGCUCCGUCUUCUUGGACAAUGACAGCAGGGAGCUGUCCGAGGAGCUCAUGCACCACUCGGUGAGCUCCGCCUCCAGCCUGGAGAGCAACUGCCAGUCGCACGGCGCUCGGUGGGAGGAGCAGCAGAAGGUGCUGGCGCUGGAACAGCUGUGCGGCGUGUUCCGGGUGGACCUGGGUCACAUGAGGUCACUGCGUCUGUUCUUCAGUGACGAAGCGUGCACCAGCGGCCAGCUGGUGAUAGCCAGCCGAGAGAGCCAGUACAAGAUUCUCCACUUUCACCACGCUGGCCUGGACAAACUGGCGGAGGUUUUCCAGCAGUGGAAGUGCUGCAGAGAGACGCACAGUAAAGACCAGGUGUCGGAUGAGAAGUCCUGUAUGCAAUUCUCCAUCCAGAGGUCCACGCUGCCGUCGGCCGAGAGCCACCCCGAGGAGAAGCUCUACCGGAGGCUGGAUGUUACCACUUGGUUACGACACCUCAAUCAAAACGGCCAGGUUGAGGAGGAGUAUAAGCUGCGCAAGGCCAUAUUCUUCGGGGGUAUCGACCCGUCCAUCCGUGGCGAGGUGUGGCCCUUCCUCUUGCACUACUACAGCUAUGACUCGACUUCGCAGGAAAGGGAGGCGUGGAGGCUACAAAAGCGGACACACUACCACGACGUCCAGCAGAGGAGGUUGUCCAUGAGCCCCGAGGAGCACAGCGACUUCUGGAGGAAGGUUCAGUUCACUGUGGACAAGGACGUGGUGAGGACAGACCGCAGCAACCAGUUCUUCAGGGGUGACAACAACCCCAACGUGGAGAUCAUGAGGCGAAUCCUGCUCAACUACGCCGUGUUUAACCCGGACAUGGGCUACUGCCAGGGCAUGUCAGACCUGGUGGCCCCGCUCCUGACCGAGAUCCAAGACGAAAGCGACACCUUCUGGUGCUUUGUGGGCCUCAUGGAGAACACCAUCUUCAUCAGCUCGCCGCGUGAUGACGACAUGGAGAGGCAGCUGAUGUACCUGCGGGAGCUGCUGCGCCUCAUGCUGCCUGAUUUCCACCAGCACCUUAUGGCGCUGGGCGAGGACGGCCUCCAGCUGCUCUUCUGCCACCGCUGGAUCCUCCUUUGCUUCAAGCGCGAGUUCCCUGACACGGACGCUCUGCGCAUGUGGGAGGCCUGCUGGGCUCACUACCAGACGGAUUACUUCCACCUGUUCCUGUGCGUGGCCAUCAUCGUCCUGUACGGCGAGGAUGUGACGGAUCAGCAGCUGGCCACCGACCAAAUGCUGCUGCACUUCAGCAACCUGUCUAUGCACAUGAACGGAGAGCUGGUGCUACGCAAGGCGCGCAGCCUCUUGUACCAAUUCCGCCUCCUACCCAGAAUCCCUUGCAGCCUCCAUGACCUGUGUAAACUGUGCGGGCCGGGCAUGUGGGACAGCCGCUACAUUCCCGCCGUGGAGUGUUCGGGCGAGCACCCGGACUCGCGGUGCUGCCCUUACGGGGGCACGUCCACGCCACUGCCUUCCUCGCCCGCCCCGUCCUGCUCGCCCUCAAGAGGCGCCAAAUCCCGGGAUAUUUUCACCUUCAGGAAACAGUCCUGAGGAAGAGCCCACGUCUUGCAUCCUCCGGGCCGGCCGGGAUCCCCAGAGUUUUUUUUUUUCUGCAGUCGCCAUCUCGCUGAGGACAUUUGUCACCCGAGUCUUUCAUGUGGCGCGGCGUCACACGAGACCCGAGGUCAGCGAAGCCUCUCUUUCCCCUUUUGAAGCGCAGCGGACAAUGGGCGGCCAUUCUGGCAGCCCGCCGUGACCCUCAUGUUGCAGCGCGCCUCUGCCUCUGCCUUGGCACUCUUCCAUGAGCUUUAUGUGGGUUGAAGCGGGGUCGGCGGCGAACCGCCACGGAUUCCUGCAGACUCUGACCGGCGCGGGUCAAAACUGUACACUGGGAAUCGAAUUCAUUCAGAGCGGGUGAACUUUUAAACGGGCUCGCAUCCUGACAAAGACGCAUUUGUCUUCAACUCUGUGUGCAUAUCUUUAGUAGAAGAGAAAUAUUUUUGAACAGGAACCCCUCAUGCGCCUUCGAGGGUGAUUUCCAUUUUCUCUGGAUACAAAUGCAUCCGUCCAUUUUCUAUACCACUUGUCCUCAUUAGAAUGAGCUGGAGAUUCAUUGGGCUAAAGUUUGAGUUGACAAAAAAAAAAAAUACUAAUCAUCUUCACAAUAAAUAGUCAAUUGAAGCAAAUCCUUACCAAUUCAACGAUUAAUCGACAGGACAAUAAAAGCAAAUUGUUCGCCUAAUAGCCACAUGUAAUGUUUUCAGAAAAACAAACACAACAAUUUCAACCGAGUGCAGUUGUCUCGAUUCAACUUUUGCAAUUGGCCGUGACCUUGUUGAAUUUACACAAGCAUGAAGAGAAAAAAAAUGUAGUUUUCAGAAAGCACAUUACUAUUUUUAUUGAUAUUUUGGCAGCAUGCUGAAAAACUAUUAUGCUCACGUUAUGUUAAAAAACAAACAAAAUGUGACCCGUUUUGGGUUUUGAGGCUCCACGUGGAGUGCAUUGUACCCUCUCACUUUUAUUCAACCAUAAAACCUUCGCGUGAUGGUUAAGGAAGAAGGAAGUUGCCACAAAAAGAAGAAUAAAGUUGAUUUUUGCAAGGUGCUGACUGGACUUGCCACGUCUUGCAUGCAAUUUGACGACACGGACUGCGUGCGGGUUUAUCGACAUGGUGGCAACCUGCAAGCUUCCUGCCCAAAUUCUAAUUCCUGGAUAGUCUCCAGCUCCACCUUGAACCUAAUAAGAAUAGGCGGGCCAGAAAAUGAAUGGAUGGAUGGAUGGCAUCCAAACUCCACACAGGAAGUGCCUGUGUAGGUUUUUCAUGUAUUUCGCAAUGUUCUAUAUCCUUGCAUGUCGAGCACACAACUAUGCCUGCCUGUCUUUAACGGACACAGCCACAAAGCAGAGGAAAGCGUGAACACGCUUGCUGAACUUUGUUGUUCUGUCGCGAUGCUUCCAGGGUAGGCGGAAGUCACCUGUUCAGUCCCCCUUGAUGAUGCCACAAGCUGCAUUUCCACCAAGCGGCAGGUUCACAACGGCCUGAGUUUUUAAUCGGAAUGGACGUUUGACGACAUUGCUUUGAAUGACUUUAGGAAAGUUCAGUUAAUAGUUAGAUAUAAUGAGACCAACUGAAUGGUUUGCGGUGGUGUUUGUGGCAGCCAUUUUAAUUUUCGGGUGCUUAUAAGUCACAUUUUAGUCAUUUCCAUAUGUGAUGGUUUUGCUCACCGAAAAUUCACCAAGGUUUUAGUCACAUUUUUAACAUCAAUAAGUCGAAAAACUGGGAUUUGACAGAUCGUAGCUCAGAUUCAGAAAAGAGGUGAGCUGUGAUUGGACGUUACCUGAGCAAGGGCAAGAUCGUUUUUGCCCCUUGGGAUGGCGAGAAACCCCCAACAAAAACGUGUGGAUUUUGCCGCUUAACUUAUUCCACAAACGCAUUGCUGUCAAGAAUAUUUCGGGGUUGACUUCCCCUUUUAACUAUAAAGUAUCUGAACAAUUGGGUUUCUUUUGCUUUUGUAUGUGGAGGAAGAGCACCUGGUGUGAAAUGCUGCAUUCGCCUCCGUUUUUGACAUUUACUCAAACAUGACUCACUCUGACCGUGGGCAGUGACUAGAGCCGAGCGGGUCACCUUCAAUGCUGGAAAGCGUCGCAAAUUUUCAUCAGCUUCUUCAAUAUGGACACGAUAUGCAAGUAAUCUAUCACGUUUAAUCGAUUAAAAAAAAGAAAAUUGCUGUUCCGUAAAGGCAGUGAUAAUAAACAAGCAACGCAUGUCUAAAAGAUUACGAGAUACAGGCAACGAGUAAAUAGCUGCCUAUCUGCAAGUCACGUACGUUUGUCGUGGUCGAUGAAAACAACUCGGAUGUUCCGAUGGUAUCGGCAAGAAAUAAUAAUAAUUGAAACGUUUUUUAAAACAACAAUCUUUUCUGACAAUGGGAAUCUUACGUACUGCUUGGUGGAAACGGUGCUAUGAAGCCAAAAAAAGAAGUGAGCUACACAGCAGCCAAAGAGGGCAAAAAAAAAAAAAAUUGUGCCAACCAAGAAAAGGGACGUUGAAGGCUCAAAUUAUCAACAAAAAUCCCCCCCGCCACCCCCAUCUGCUUCCUCUUCACCUUAAGCGACAGUCUGUGUCUUGCUGCCAUUCCGUCCAAAUAUUUGCUCGCUUCACUCGCGCUUAACAGACUCCCAACUCUUUAUUGUGUGCGCGCGUGUAAACUGGAGUGACCUUUUAAAACAUCUGGUAAUAAGUGGAGCGUAGAAGACCCCCCCCCCUACCCCUUCCCCCCUGGCUCCUACUCUGUAAUUACAACAUUCAUCGUCAAGAUGGAGCUGAAGAAAACCAAGAGCUUUUUAGCAGAUUUUUGCUCAAAAGAUUUUUGGUGUGAGGCACCAGUGUCCUCCAGGGGGUGUGCAACAUAAAAAAGGUUUUGUUCAGUUUAUUGGGGCUUGUCUUAUUAUUUUUUUUCUCCAAAUGUUGAAAUCAUGGGAAUCUAGCCCCGAAUCACAACAACUCAUUUUUGCAUGCCUUCUUCACAAUCGAGCCAUUCUAUGGCACUAAAUGUGAUCAGUUUUAUUGGUUGGAAUGGCCCAACAUUUAAAAAUCAAGGUAUGAUAAAUAUGCCUGUUCAGCAAUUUAUUAGUAUUAUAUAUUUUUUUGUUAUUCCACCUUAGUUUCAGGAAGACAACCUCCCCCCUUUAAGCAGUAUUUAUUUUUAUUGAUUAUUUGACAAGAUGGCUGCAUUUGAAUGGGUGCAUUUAAAAUCUUUGGGCCAAUUCUUCAUCUGAUUUGGGUUCUCUUUGACAUCAUUGGUCUGCAAUCUAAAAAAAAAAGAGAAAAAAAGGACCAAACCCUCUUGCUUAAAAGAAUUGCUGAGUUUGCCUGAGGUCAAGUUGAAGGUCAUGUUAAUCAUAAGCCCUCUUACUACCUAAUCUUUUCAAACCUUCAGGGAUUGUUCAUGCCAGCUUUGUCAGUGACGAUCAUGCCAGUCGAAUCCAAGAUGCUGAUGGGAAAUUUCCACCUGCUGCAACUUUCAACCUAAACAUUUAGCCGGGGUUCGAUGAAACCAUCAGGCGGGGCGGGGGGGGGGGGGGGGGGGGUCAUCAAACUGUGUGUGCGCUCCGCCGGCUGUCUCUGAAUGAGUGCCUCUAUUUAAAGGGGUGAAAGUCCAAACGAGACUUCAGUGUUGUGUUACAUCACUUGAGCCUUUUCUUGGUAUUCAUUUACACCACGAAAUAAAUGAGUAUAGCUCUGCCUUC